GGCUGCAGUGCCGAGCCACGGGACAGAGACACGGCGCGGAAUCCAGAGGACAGAAUCAGACGAGGAUGCUGAGGAUGCGGGGAGAGAAAAGCCGCUGAUAUCUGAUGAUAAUGAUGAUACUAUGGACAGAGGAAUGAGCACAGAGGAAGAAGAAACAUAGAGCUCUGCGGGUUGGUGACAGUGGUGAUGAUGAAGGUGAUGGUGAUGGUGGUGGAGAGGAUGUUUCGGUUGUGAGGACGGGACCGCUCGGAAGAGGGGGAUGCUCGGACGAUCGGAGCGCGUCUCUGCUCGGUGUUGAUCAUCGUGCGGGUAAAUCACGGGUAUCACCGAGAGUUUAACGAAGCGCUAUUCUGAGGAGGUGGGCCAAGUCCCGAGAGAGAGAGAGAGAAAGAAAGAGAGAGAGAGGGAGAGAGAGAGAGAAGGGGAGGACCUCCGCACUCGUAGCAGUCUGGGAUGUUGUUGCUGCUGUUGUUAGUGAUGUGAAGCGACAGUAAGGAGCUGAUGAAAGGACUCCUGCCAGCGCGAAGACACAUAUUCAUACAUUUUUGCAGUUACAUAUAUAGCAGCUCUGUGUGGUAGAGACCAGUUGAAGUUGGCUUCCUGCCUGUUGAGAUGUGCCAAUAGGAAACACUGUGAACAGGGGUUCAUGCUGAUGAAAUUGAUCUGCUCAGUGAGCUCCAACCAGAGCCAUGGAGAGUACCCAGACUGCCGCAGUGAGAGGGAGUCGGGAGGGGAGGCGUCUCUCCUGGUGUCUCCGUUGGUGGUGGCGGGGAUCGUUAUAGGUUUGGUCCUCUUCCUCUCCUGCAUUACCAUCAUCGUCGGCAGCCUGCGCAAAGACAGUCGACUCCGAAACCCACACCUCCGAGCUAGCUAUGGACCAGAUGGUUUUUCCUAUGGAGGUUCAGUGGGAGAACUGAGGUCUACCUGCUUAGAAGACUUUCCUCCUGGUUUAGACUUUGACUCAUACAGAGAGACUCUAUCACAAGUCAGCAACCUGUACCCUGACUCACCUCCACGUUAUGAUGAGUGUGUUGGCCCUGGUUCGACUCAGAUCUACAUACCUACAGAUGACCCACCUCCUUACUCCCUGUUGGACCCCUGUCAGAGAGGGCCAGAGCAGGAGGAGCAGCCUAGCUACACCAGUCCGGAUCCUUCUCCAUACUGUGGAGAGACCUCAGCCAGUGCCGGCUGGUUCUCCCCCUCCCACUACCCGCUGGGACUGCAGGAGCAGGAACAUCAACACAUCGCAUCCAUCUCCUUCCCGCUGGAGGCGGCACCGCCUUAUGAGUCAGUGCUGGCUGAGCAGGGACAUCCCCUCCCUCUCAUGCCAUGUGACCUUUAUAAACACCAGUCAGACAGGGGAGAUGAUGGCAGCUCCCAGCAACCAGGGGCAAGCCAGAUCUUGUAGGACAGUUGAUUUGUUUCUUUCACCUGCGCUGUUCGGUUGUCUCCAGCUAAAUGAAACAACAUGUGUGACAGCAAACAAUGGACACUAAUAAGAUGUUCACAUCUUCCACACAGUUGCCAACACCUAAUAAGGCUGAACAUCAGCAUCUCAGUGGACUGAUAUGCAGCCAGGACUCAAGUUUUCAACCUAUCGUUUGUUUCUGGACAAAAUAAAAACUCAAAAUAAAAAAAAGGGUUUGUCAUUCCAAUGAUGCUCCUUUGGACAAUGCCGUCUGGUAAUAACACUAUUGUCUUCUUCAGUUUUUGUCAUGUUUUGACUGUUAAUCUCUUUUUUAAAUUAGGACAAGAGUCAUGAAGAGUCAUGUGUCAUGUAUGGGAUUUAGUCUGAAUUACUGCUACAAAAUACUAACAUUUAUUCAUCAUGUAGGCAACAGCAAGCUGACUUUGUAGGGUGUGUGUAGGAGAAGGACUGAGAAUUAAUGUGGAUUUUAGUAGAGUAGUUUAAGGUAUACACAAGCACAUAGAGUUCCCCCUCUUCCAUUUAUUUUGGUAUGGUCCUCACCUAUCAAUAUUUUCAUGAUGUUCUGAAUGAAAUUAUACUUAGCUCUGGUGUUGUAUAAGUGCAGCCUUGUUAACUACCAGCACACAUUCCAGUCUCUUUAGUGUGUGAACAUUUAGAGGUGGUAGUAUCCUAGUGGUUAGAAGAAUGACUUUGUGAUGAUAUAAAAUUCAGACUAAUUCAGAAUGGUCAGGAACAAUGACUUAUCAUAACUCCCUCCUUUCCACUUGUAUCUUUCUUCCCCUUGAGCAAGGCACUAAGAUUAAAAAGUCAUUGUUAAAUAUUUGCAACAUACAUCUGCCAUCAUCAGAGAGGGGGUUUCAUCUAGUCUGUUGUACAAAUCGUCAUAACUAUUUCUGUCAAGGGCUCUGGUUGUAAUAUCAGUGCUAUAACCGGACCCCAGCAGCAAAAUGUAGCUUGGAGCCCUCCUCCUGACAAGGUUGGGCUAAUGCAACAGAGAAAUUACAUAUUAAACUGUAGACCUUAAUGCACUGUUCACUGAAGAAAUGGAUGCUUCUGUCUUUUUCUGUCCGUUUCACCCUCAUGAAAGAAUAAUCUUGGCCUGAGCUGUCACAGAUUCCACACCCCCUUUAACAAAUGUGUAGCUUUCCAAACAUCUUUGCAGUUAUUAACCUGCAUAAGCUACAACUGGUUUGUGUUAGCUAAAUUAAUUAAUCAGAUGCAGAGAUUUGAACUGCAUGACAGGAAUAAAGAUGUUGUUAUUUUCAAUAUCAA